AUGACUGAUGCCCGAUUUCAGAUGGAGCAUCAAGACGUGAACGAUAACCCACCGAUUUUUUAUCCUAAGUAUUAUAACGUGUCUGUACGGCAAAAUACUGGAAUUGGAAGUCCAUUGAUUCUGCUUUCUGCAAACGAUGCUGACAGCGGACUUUUUGGAAAAGUGAGUUACAGAUUAGUAACAAAUAGAUCCAAUACUUUUUGGCUAGAUUCAAAAUCAGGUCGCUUGUAUGUACAAGAAUUAUUGUUGAGAAAAAACUAUGAAUUAAGAAUUGAAGCUGUUGACGGAGGAGGAUUAGUCAGCGAAGAUCAGGCAGUAGUUCAUAUCAGUGUUAUCAGUGCCACUACACCAUCUCCAGUAUUUACGAGCACUUUGUAUAAAUUUGAUGUGACGGAAGAAAUUCUUCCAGGCAUUGAAAUUGGACAGGUAAAAGCACAUGGACCACUACCAAUAAGUUACAGUAUAUAUUCUGGUGAUCCAGAUCACUUCUUUACGAUUGAUUCAAAUACAGGGCAGAUUAGCGUUGAUCGAUAUUUGGAUGCAGAUAAAUGGGAUGAAGUAUUGCUCAAUGUACAGCCUAUGCAAGCAUGGAUGGAAGGUGAUGGGAUAAAUCAUACGCAAGUUUUAAUCAAGAUAAUUGAUACUAAUGAUAAUGAUCCAACAUUUGAAAUUGAUAAAAUUGAAUCAUACAUUGAAGAAGAUCAUCCAAUUCAUCAGGCGUUUUUUGUUGUGCAGGCAUAUGAUAAAGAUCGUGGAAAGAACGGACAGGUAUUAUAUUCAUUAAUACAAAGUGACCCACCAUGUCCUAUUGCGGUUCAUUCAAUGAGUGGAGAAUUAAGCUUACUAUCUUUAUUGGAUUUCGAAGUGAUCAAUAAGUAUAUGUUGGUAAUACAAGCUCGAGAUCAAGGAAUACCGGCACGUUAUGCGAAUAUUACAGUAAUUCUUAAUGUUCUCGAUGUUAAUGAUAACAAGCCAGAAUUCGCUCAAGAAAUGUAUUUUGUUGAAGUAGCAGAAGAUGUGCCACUAAUGACUGAUCUUUUGACUGUUCAAGCAAAAGAUUUAGAUAUCAACGAAAAUGGAAGAGUUUCAUACAGUUUUCAGAAAAACAUUUCUCAAUUCGGUAUUCAUCCCAUAUUUGGAAAUAUUUUUGUAAAAUCUACGCUCGAUCGAGAAACAGUCGCUAAAUAUAAUUUAACUGUUAUUGCUACAGACCAUGGAAAAUUAAUGUAUCAAUCAAAAGGCAUUUACUAUCAAAGAGAAAAGCUAAUUAAUUGCCCAUUUUAUCAUGCAAAUUUAAAUAAGUUCACAAUGCUAACUGAAAAUGUAUAA